AUUGUAACAACAGCUGUUUGGCAGAUCAUGAGUCAAAAACAAAAUGUCACUCAAAAUCUUCUUCGGGCCGUAUGAGGCCCACGGAGUCAUCAGGCACAAGACGCAGAAGUUGUACGGACUUUUGACAAAGCUCAGCGAGCUUGGAUACGAGCUGGAGCUUAUUGCUACCAAUCGACUCAACAAUCUCACGAUUCAUUUGAGGGACAAGCAGAUCUAUCGCUGCGAUUUGCGCUAUUUGAUGUUUAAUAUUGAUUAUGAGGACGAUCCCGUGUGCCAAAAUAUCGUCAAAAGUGUGGAAGAAACCAGAGCUUUGUUUGACGCCGAACAAAAUCUAGCUACGUUUGAUACCCUUAAAAAGAAUUACAAGGGGGAUACCCGGGAUUUGCUGGCCGAAGAUGUGGAUCUUAUGUUUGAAAUACCGCACACUUAUGAGGAAUUUAAAAUCAGGAGCACCAAAAAGGCCAGUGUGGUCCGAUCUCUUGAUCGCUCACUGUAGCACUUUUUUAUUGAAAACACAUAAUUUGUUACUAGCUUUUGUACAUUUUGAAUGAAAUACAUUUUUCGUGUCCGUAUAACAUUA